UUCCGCUCCACGCUUUGCUGUAUAGCAGUCAGCUGAUCCGCGCACCGCUGUCGACGUGACAUCACCGCGUUCGUUCUGACCUAAUCGAGAAGCGUUAUUUUGUUCGUGGUUGCGGCUUCAGCUGUUUACGGCCGACAUUGGCGAGGAAAUAAUAAAACAACAAAACACUGAAAUACAAACGAGGAAGUAUCAGAGAAAUUCGCUGAAAAGAAUCUCCUUUUUCUUUCAAAGCCCCUCAUCUGCAGUGUGCAGAUGAAUUACGAGCAGCCUCCCCCCUACACAGGGCCUGGUCCCACCGCUCCAGGAUACCCACCUCCCACCGCUCCUGGAUACCCUCCUCAAGGAUAUCCUCCUCAGGGAUACCCUGCACAGCCAUACCAAGGAUAUCCAGUCCAAACUGACCAACCCAACCCUGGUUACCCAAACUACCCUCCUGGCCCCCCUGGGUCAUACCCAGUCCAGCCUGGAUACCAGGGGUACCCACAACCACAGUAUGGAGGCCCAGCGUAUGGGGAACCGCCUAAAAACACUGUGUACGUCGUGGAGCAGGGAAGGCGGGAUGAUUCUGGAGAGCAGGCAUGUCUAACUGCAUGCUGGACGGCUCUGUGUUGCUGCUGUCUUUGGGACAUGUUGACCUAGAAUAAUGAGGAAACCACUGUGAGCCACUCCUUUAUCUGUAAAGAUCUUUCACUCCAUGUUUCAAUCCUAAUUUGUCUCACUACUGAAAAAGUAAUUGAGAAACAAAUAGAGCAAUGUUUUUGUUGUAGCGUCCAUUUCCACUAGUCCAGCUUGGAGCACCUCUUUUUAUUCCUUCAAUGGCGCACGAUACGCACUGAGAGACUGAUUACAUGCUUUGAUCUUAUUUGUAGAGGCAUAUUAAACAGAAUGUUUUUAUUAUUUGUCUUUUGAAAAUAAUACAGAUGUCAUCUUUAUUAAUGAAUGCAAAAAUUUACAUUUUGCUUGUUUAUAGAUUUGAUAAUCAUAUAUGGCCUUGAAUGUUCGAUCUGUCUUAAUAUGAGUCAGUCACAGAAAAAGUUUGUUUCUAUUAAAUAAAAAUAAUGGAAAUAAGA